UGCUACAUCGCCACCUUUUUUGUCGUUCUUCGUAGCUGCAAGCUGGAAAGUCCCUGACAGCCAGGGAGGUUUGAGGCAGGAAAACUACGACUACGGUUGACAAUUUAAAUGAGUCAUACUUGCACAUUUUGUCGUGUCGCUGCCUGUGCAGAUAUAGAAGUCUGCAAGGUUGUCCCAGUCGCGCUUUUGUUUAGACGACCGACACUACAUGCUCCCUUUGCGAGCGCUAGCUUGUGUUAGCAGGCUAGCUCUUUGUGUGGCUAGCUGAGGGAUGUUUUGUUGUUGAAUCGAGCAGCCCUCCCGUCGUCUGGGAGAGGAGAUUCACCAGCUGUGUGUGGAAAAACGCCUUCGUGUCCGCUGACACGGUCUGCGUCUGCAGCCAGACGCUGUCCGUGGAGGUAGCUCUUAGUAAAGCGACUCUGAGGGAGAGGAGCGUUUGGCCGAAGAGGAAGGAGAUGGGAAACUGUCUAAAAUCUCCCACCUCGGAUGAUAUUUCAUUGCUACACGAGUCUCAGUCGGACCGGGCCAGCUACGGAGACGGCGCUGACCCAGACCAGGAGCCACCGCCCCCCUAUCAGGAGCAGAUUCAUGUGCCUGUCUACCACCCGACACCAAGUCAAGCGCGACUGGCCACCCAGUUGACGGAGGAGGAGCAGGUCCGCAUUGCCCAACGGAUCGGCCUUAUCCAGCACCUUCCGAAGGGCGUGUAUGACCCAGGCAGGGACGGCUCCGAGAAGAAGAUCCGGGAGUGCGUGAUUUGUAUGAUGGACUUUGUGUACGGAGACCCCAUCCGGUUCCUGCCCUGCAUGCACAUCUACCACAUGGACUGCAUAGACGACUGGCUGAUGAGGUCGUUCACCUGCCCCUCCUGCAUGGAGCCAGUGGAUGCUGCCCUGCUGUCCUCCUAUGAGACCAACUGACACACACACACACACACACACACACACACACACACACACACACACAUACACCAAUGGACAAUACACAAUUUAGAAACUUGUGUUGUGGAUUAUUACGUCUGGGAAAUCAAAGCAGCGAAUGAUUCCUGAUGGCCUCUUACGGUAUAUCUGUGUGCGUGUGUGUUCGUGCGUGCGUGCGUGUGUGAGUCUUCCUGUACAUGUCCUUCAGUUGACCUGCUGGACAGGAUAUGGCAUAUGGGAAAGUACUGAAGGAAUAAACACUGCUGGUGUUAAGGACAAGUAGGAAUGAGCUGGACUGAAGAAAGGAGGCUGAAGUCGUCUGAGAAUGCAAACACAAAGAGAAGCCGAGGGGAAUGGAUGACGGUUGAAUCAUGAUUAGGAAACCUUUCCGGCUUCCGCAUUUAAAUAGGGAAGUGUAUUUACAUAGCAACAAAAUGGACCAUGGCUCUGUUCAGAAGGAAGGACGUCUGCAUACCCUCAACAGGUCACAAGUUGCUUUUUUGGACUGCUGAAGCCUGAUUAUAAUAACACUGCAGACUACAAAGAAGAUCUGUGAGGCGCCUGCUGCAACGUCAUGUCUGUGCAAAAUAGCUGAAACUGGCGGAGCGAGGCCGGCAGUUGUGUGGCUCCUGGAGGGGCCAUGACUGACGCCCACCGCCUGUAUGAUGUGGACAGGAUGGGAGAUGGGAGCAGAGGUGUUAAAAGGCUACCUGUAGAUUAACCAAGAUCUAGAAAAACGAAUCACUGACGGACAUUUUAAAUUGACCUUAAUACUACAAGAGCGCUGUUAACUUUUCUAGUCAUGUUCCCACAUUCAUCAUUACCUGUUCGUUGCCAGAGGAGGCAGCUGAACAGGCCUUUAAAAUCCUAACCGACUAAACCAGUUGAAUUUGAACAGAACUGGAUAUCAAGAUGGCAAGUAUGGUGUGUGCUCCGCAGUCACACCACAGACCUGGAGCUGUCUGUCUGUCUGUACUUGUGUGUCCUAAGUAAAGUAAGAUCACUUGU